CAAAAAUUCAGUGCUAUUUUUGUCUGUUUCAGGCCCGAACAAGUCGGGUCAGUGAUCGGCCUCACGCAGUCGAACGAGGACACCCAUCUGAUCAACAACUUCUCUCCUCCGCUGACCACGUCGAGCAGGUCAUCUGUUGCGCUGGACGCCACGCCGCCGCUUUCCAGUGGCGGAAGCGCAGUUCUGGCUGUCAAACAGGAGCACGUCCUAAAUGGACCCUCAACGAACAACUUCAAUGCGUUGGUCAACGCAGCCGUUGUUCAAGCUUCCGAGUUGACAAACCACAAUCGGUUAGGAGUAACUUCGGGAUACGCGCCGGAUGCAAACGGGCACCAUGACGAGAAAGUAACCGAUCCAGUCGCUCUAUCUUCUGGUGCUCUUACGCCGAAUAAUGCCAAAGUUGCUGCGGUGAAGCGACCACGAGACGCGAAGCCCGAGCUGUCCAGCAGUAACGUCGAUAAAGCGAAACGCCCUCGUACAAACCAUCGAACGAAAAGCGAAAAGGCGUUGCGUGAUCUGGUGGGGCCAAUUGUCUCCGAGACUGUAUCGGACUUCCACCGCGAACGAGUCGCUGAUAGGACCGUGCCGAGCGCCGCGGCCACGACCACCACCACCGUCGUCGCCGCCACCGCCAACGCUGUCGAUCGACGUAUGGUCAGCGCAAAUGCCGCCGCUAUUCCGUCGACGUCACAUGAUGCGCCGCCUAUUCAGCAAACACCGAUUGUGAACGGUAUGUGA